AUGAACACAACUCAUAAUGAAAAGGACCACAAAGACCUCGAAAUCUCCCACGUGGACCAUGUCGUCCCUCAGACUGAGCUUGGCGACAAGGCAGCCGAUAUUGGCAUGGCACUGUCCAAGUUGAGGUUCGAUGAGCUCUCAAUCCCACGCACAAUCUGGGUCUUCCGCAGAUCUGUCCUUGUGUGUCUCGCAGUCUAUACCGAUUACGUCUGCGAAGGGUUCGAGCUCGGCGCAGGUGGCAGCAUUGUGGCAAACCAAGGAUUCAUCAAACAAUUUGCGACCGUCAAGGAUCAGACAGGCGUCAGAGGUCUUGAUCCUACAUGGCUAUCUACCUGGAGUGCUUUGCUGAAUGUUGGACAAAUCGUCACUUUCACCCAUAUUUCUUGGGUCGCAGAUCGUUUCGGUAGAAAGGUAUCGUUCUACCUAGCAUGGGUAUGGCUCGUUGUGGGCUGUGUGUUCCUCAAUACGGCAAAAACUCCCUCUGUCUGGGCAUUGGCCAAGCUCUGCAAUGGUGCCGGUAUCGGAGUUCUACAAAUCACCUGCCAAGUCUACGCCAUGGAGAUCUGCCCAAAUCGCAUUCGUGGCGGAAUGAUCACCUUUCAAGCCGUCUGGUCUAAUAUCGGAGGCAUUGUCGUCGCCGUCAUGAUGCAACAGUUGAAUCAGAAGCAUCCGGACGAUUAUCUGCUCGCUAUGCGGAUUCUUUGGGCGCCGAUCGGCCUCAUGAUCGUCUUCUGGGCGUUCGUCCCGGAAUCCCCUUGGUUCCAUGCCAGACGGGGUGACGGUGAAAAGGCCCUUAGAUCGCUGCGUCAAUUAUACGGUAAUGUGCCUGGGUAUGACUUUGAAGAGGAAUACGGUAUCAUCCAGAGGACCAUCGCCCACGAGAAUCUGUUGUUGGAUAACAAGCCGUCAUUCAAAGAUGUAUUCCGUGGGCUGAACCUUAGACGCACCUUGACCGUGAUGAUCCUGGCCGUAUGCCAACAAUUCGCAGGUCUCACUAUCAUCAACACCUAUUCCACCUACUUCUUCUCCCUCGCCGGACUAGCAGAUCCUUUCCUUGGAAGCGUCAUUCUCUCUUGCUGCAAUCUCUUGGCGAUCAUGCUCUGGUCAGCCUUCACUGACAAACUCGGACGACGUCUCAUCAUCAAUUACUGCGAGACCUUCGUCACGAUCAUUCUUUUAGUCGUCGGCGGGAUGUAUUACACCGGUGCCACACCUGGUAAUGGUCAGACCGAGUCCACGAACGCUGCUGCGUCUAACGGCUUGCUCGUCAUCUGUUGCUUCUGGACUUUUGCAUUCCAGACCAUCGGCAUGUCUUACUAUCUGUACUCGGCAGAGCUUCCAACGGCUGUACUGAGGAUCCGAACGGGUCCAGUGACCUUUUUCACCAACUCGAUCACGGGCAUCGCAAGCUGCUACGCGACGCCGCCGCUCUUGCUGGCCUUGAAUGUCAGAGCCGGCUUUGUAUACGGCGCGUUCUCCGUCCCAUGCUGUAUUGUCAUGUGGUUCUUCAUUCCAGAGACUAGGGCUCGUUCCGCUGCAGAGAUAGACGAGCUGUACGAGAAGAGGAUCCCGGCAUGGCGAUGGUCAAAAACCGUCACAGACGCGGAGCUGCAGAUGCGGAAGGCGGUAGCAGCGAGAAGUGCCCGGGUAGCAGUGGCAUGA